GAGAUCUGGGACUAUACCCCUUCAAGUCCCCCCAGUCUAGUGUUGUUUCCUCAUGCAAGUUGCAUGUGGGAGGAAUACUAGACUAUGAGGUCGAUUGGGUACUUUAGAAGUUGGAGAAGAUUCUAGGCCAUGCUGAUGGCUCCUGCUUCAAGUAAAUCACGCUGGGGAUCCGUACCGGUGAGCAAGUUCCGUCUGAUGCGGAAUUCUCAGCCGAGGGUUUUCCGGUAGUAUGGUCUACCUUUUUCUGAUGUCAUCAAGGUUGGUUGCCACCUGUUGGUGUGUCGAACCAACCUUUGAGAUUGUGACUGAAGAUGUCAGUGGCCGCAACUCUAGUUGUAACCUCUGCGGUAGCGGAUGCAAUGUUGUAAGUGUCUUGCUCUCGCUUUAUGUUUAUCAACUGGAUAUGUAACGAUGAUCCCUAUUUUGUGGGGUAUUCGUGUCCUUCCAGUUUAGCUCUCAAGUAACCACACGUCCUUUGCGGUUACCUCGUUCUUUUACAUUGUUGGCCAUGUUUGGUCGAACAAUAUGGAGAUCUUGUGUCGUUGUUGGCCAUGUUUGGUCGAACAAUGUGAAUCGUUCUCUUGAACCAUGGGCAAAUAAACAUGGUCAUAGGCAUGGUAGUGCCCACCAUUGUUUAUUCUAUGUAGUCCGUAGGUGGGCAAACAAAGUCAUAAGCAGACUUGUUACCACUGUUGCUUGGCUUGUUGCUCAAGGAGAUCACCUUAGAUACUUGGGAAUCUGGGUGGAACUCGUCCGCAUUUGUUUUGUAGCCACUUUCCUUCACGCUUAGUUGGAAAGCAAUUUUCCUGGAAGUAGCUUUGUGAUGACUUAGGCGUGGCUCUUCCGUAGCUACUGUUCGCGUAGUUACGUUUCGCCGUAGCUACUCAUGAGUGUCUGCGGUUUGUCGCAUAAGACUUGCUUUAAAAGAGUAUUCCAGUUUGUUGUAGCUCUUGAAAGAUCAUGAGUCAGGGUUGCUGAUGUGCGGUCGCUCAUCGUACUUAUCUUUUUCCCUACGGAGAAGCUGUUUGCGUUCCCUCUGUGGUUAUGAACUGGACACGAGGGAUUUGAAGCUUGAAGAACUUCAAGGUAAUGCGGCUUUGCUGUUCCCGAGUAGCGGUUUUCGCAGUCCAAAGAACAACGCUGGUUCUGAGUAUCUGACACACCUGUGCGGGCUCGUGUGUGUCAUCUCUGCAUAUUCCACGUGUGCUCGUGGGUAUAUGCGGAUAUUGGUUAUUCCCCUUUACAUAGUGUAAAUAUACAUUUUCUAUUUUUUUGAGGGGAUGUAAAAAAUGACAUGCGGUCUAGGUUAUGGUUUGAGAAACCAUAAAAAACCGCAUGCCGCGUACAUGAGAGUUCUCUUCAUUUGUAGCUUUUGUAAACUUUGUAGACCGUACGUGCGGGUUGGUGAAAGUUGGUGGGAUCUGCCUGGCAUGUGCUGAAAUGAAAGGACGUUUGCACUGCCCAAGGCAAUCACUGCACUGCAGCAGAAGGUGAAAAGUUAAGUAAUGUCAGGAGCGUGAACGGCCACGCGCGCGUGGUAACCGUCAGCGGAACCGUCGCUGUACAAGUGGCGUCACAUGAGUCGUUCCUUUUUUGCACGACGUUUCGGUUACUGUACAGCAUUAAUUGCGAUGAGUAUAAAAGGGGAAAUCGUUUGGGGUUUCCCCUCACUUCUUCGAAAAUUCAAAAAAUUUUCCGGCCAAGAGUGAGUGAAAAAACCUUCGUCUUCUUCGAUAAAUCAUUUGUUUUAUCGGUGAGGUUUCUUCGAAAUUCCUGACUUUACCAUACAUUCUCUUUCUUCUUUUUCAUGAUGGCUGAACCAUCUAAUCCCUAUUCUACUCCUGGUGAGAAUCCUGAACCUUCGUCGCCGGUGGCGGCGGAGGAGGAGGAGGGUGAUGCUCUCGGCGGAGGCUUGUCGGUUCUGAAAUGGUCGAAAGCUUCGUUCGACAAUCUGAUGAUGGAUGUUCAGAUGCCACAAGAGUAUGGUGCCAUCCAUCCACAAGAGGGUGAUACCGCCGCCGAUGCUCCGGCGGGGUAUGUCAUUAUGUUGGCUGAUUUCUUCGGCGUUUGUAACCUCCGGUUACUGCUGACUGUGUUCUUUGCUGAGGUUCUGGAGUGGUAUAAACUCCACAUUUCUUAACUGAGCCCUUUCGGAAUGAUUCGGGUUCGAAAUUUCGAGUACACGUUUCGUGCUCUUGGUAUAGAACCCACCGUCGGAGACUUCCGGCGGUUCUAUCAGAUGAUAGUGUCAAUGGGUUUCUUCUUCUUCCGUCAAAGGGACGGUAGCUCUAAGUUGAUGGUCCCACCAAAGGGUUUGAUAAAAUGGAAGACAAAGUUCUUCUACAUCAAGGCUGCUGCGGUUACUGCCAAGUUGACCUUUAGGAACGUGACGGACACGAUCAUAACGGAGACCAUUAUUGUCCCUCUAGUGGAUACGGUGGACUUGUUCCCGCGGUUGCGGAUCAUUGGGUGGAAAAAACUGAGUAAUUCGCAGUUGUGGGUGUUGCGGAUGAUGUUGGGGAGAAUGAGCAGGAAAGCAAGGCCGGUCGUGCGAGAGAAAAGUGGUGGUAAGUAUAUUUCCUCCUGUGCGGUUUCUUGCUUUCUUAUCUUUGUUACUGAGAUUUUGUAAAUGUACUAUCAGAGGAUGCUCCCCUUUGGAGAAUGUUUGACCCAAAGUUUAAGGGUAACGUUGAGGUUUUGGCUUGUGCGGAUGAUGAGGACGGGUUUAAUGUCACCAUUAGCGGCAAUUUCCGGGUGCCUCAUAAGGCCGCACUGGAUGCAGAGUUGCCGCAAGGCAAAGGUAUAGUAGAUAUACUUUCCUUACUUGUUUUGUAAAUAAGUUGGCCUUGCUGAUUGCUUGUUGAUGAGUGAAAUGCAUGUGAUCUUGGGGCUUUGGGAGACCCUGAUGCGACAGGUGUUCCCAAAAAGCAUGUGGAGAAAGGCGUGAGGAUUCGCAAACCGAAGAAAACGCAUGAGCCGGCUGUUGUUCCUCCUUUGGUGUCGCAGGUGGCAGGUAUAUCUCGUACUCGUUUACGCAGCUACAACAAUUACGUGGUAGUGUCUGACACCCUUGAGGGUUUGGGUGUUCUAGGUGGUGGUGCUGCUGCAAGUGGGUCCUCUACAGGUUCUAAACCUGCUGAUGAGAAGAAGCGGAAGGUAGAUGUCGCUGGUGCUGGUGAGCAGAAACGUCCGAAGUUGAGAAGGACUCAGACGGCUGCUAUCUCGCAGCCAAAGCCUGCGGUUGUGACUGGUAAGUUGACCAUAUGUUUACAAGUGUUUGUCAUUUUAGCUUGUAACUUAUGGUUGUUUUUUGCGUUGUUGUAGAACCGCGUUAGAAGACUUUUUCCUUUUUGACGCUCGUUUUUCUCCCCCGUGAGACGCGGAUGUGGACAUGGGAGUCAAUAAGGAGUUCAAAAGAAGUCCUUCUAUCGAAGUAGUUACUCCGCCAUCUGCGCAUGCGGAGUAUACUGGGAAGAAGGCCGCGGGUCAGACCAUCUUUGAUACGGUGGAUUCAUCUGACAAUUUGAUUGAGCCGCGUGAUAUUGAUGUUGAGGGGGGGGGGGAUAAUCUGAAGUCCCCUGAUGCUGAGAAGCCAAAAUCCCCUGCUGUCGAGAAGGUUUCUGGUUCUACCUUCGCAGGUACGGGCUUUGAAGAACCGUCCAUUCAGCCUGGUGAGACUGAAUUGGAGUUUUAUUACCGUUCUUACACGGAAAAUCGGGGUGUGAACUACCAUCGUCCUCUUGGACUGUUAUGCAAGGGGAUGAUAUUUCGAACGAUCCCUCCGCUUGUAGGGAUAUCUUGAGUGGUUUGGGCACCCCGUUUGACGUUCUUUGUGCCCGUGGUCUAUCUCAUGAGAACCGGAUAAACCAGAUCUCUUCCAUGCUUGUUGGAAGCUCUAUAAUGGCGAAUGCGAUUAUAGAGGAUUACAGGGUCCUUGGCCACAAGGAAGAGGAAACCAUUCGCCUGCGGGUUGAGGCUGAGGCAAUGGCGAAAGUUGCUCGUGAAGGUGUGGAGCAGCUUGAAAGAGAGAAAGCUGCUUUUGAGAAGCUAAAGCAGACCGAAACUUGGGUUGCGACUGCUAGCCUUAAACAGGUUCGUACUCUUGCCAAAUUGCUUUCUGAUGAGCACAAGGGUUGGAGGGAAGCUUGCGCUCGAGAAAAUGAAAAACUUUUCCGUGUUCGUCAGGAGCUAACCAAUCUCAAGGCGGCGAAUGCUGCUUUGAUGAAGGAGAAGGCCGUAGCUGAAGCGGCUGCCAAAGAGGCAAAAGAAGCGGAGGCACGCGGUGCCAAGGCUCUUGAAGCGGCGGAUGCUGACCGCAACAAUUUAAACAAGGUUGUUGAGGAUCUCAAGGUUGAAGUGCAGAACCGUGUGACCAUUCUUGAGGAGGUCACUGCCCGCGCGACUGAAGCUGAAACGCGGGCAAGGGAGGCUGCUGAGGCCAGAGAUAGUUUGGUUACCUCUUUGGAUCAGCUUAAGGUAGACCAUGACUGGAUGCGUGAUCACGCUAUCGGGCAUGAGCGUGCACGGGAGGCGGGGUUCAAGGCUGGUUACAAGGAAUGCCUUAAUCAUGUGAACCCUUUCUACAAGAGCAAGUUUACUGAUGAGAGAUCUGAGUUCCAUGGUGUAGAUACUGAGGCUCGGUAUGUUGCAGCUGUUAACGCGUACAACAGCUUGUCCAUUUCCGCCAUUGAAGAUAUUGAGAAAUGCUUAGAGGCGGAAGAUUAUGUGGACUGCUUGCGGUUGUUGUAUGAUGAUCCUAAGGAGGAGGAGGAGGAGACCGCUGGUGGCGCAAAGGGUGAAGCGGGCACCAGUGGUACAAAAGAAGACUAGGUUGGCCUGCGUGCCCUUUUUUGACUUCCUCUUUGAUAUAAAUGUUGGGAUAAACUUAUGUAAAUUUCUUGU